AUGUUGUGGAUCGUGUACUAUUAUGUGUUGGCGAUGGUGGCGGCGACGCCGUUCACCUUCCAAUUGAAGGCGCUGGAGACGCUGUGCUGGUACGUGUCGACCGACCGCCCCAACACCGAGAUCUCGUUCUACUACACCGUGCAACUGGGGGGUUCGUUCGACGUCGACUACGUCGUCAAGCGCCCCGACGGCCACGUCCAGUACUCCAAGAACAAGGAGGCGCAAUCGGAGUUCACCUUCAACGCCAACCAGGUGGGCGAGUGGGAGUUCUGCUUCAGCAACGGCAUGUCGCUGUACGCCGACAAGAUCAUUGACUUUGAGAUCAAGGCCGACGGCGAGCUGGGCCCGCAGUACCGCGCCCAGAUGCCGGUGCUGCCCAACACCAAGCCCAUGGCCCACGUGCUGACGAUGCAGCAGACCGUCGACGAGAUCGAGAACCAGUUGGACCAGUUGACGAAGCAGUUGCGCUACUACAAGGUGAGAAACGCCCGCAACCAGGCCACCGUGCGCCUGACCGAGCUGAGAAUCUUCUACUUCUCGGUGUUCGAGGUGCUCUUGAUGGUGGGGAUGGCGGCGUUGCAGAUCGCCAUCGUCCAGUUGUUCUUCAAGGGGUCGAGAAAGCAAUUGGUGUAG